AUGGACGAAGAAUACGACGCCAUCAUCCUCGGCACGGGUUUAAAAGAGUGUUUAUUAGCCGGCGUUCUCUCGAAAGAAGGGUACAAAAUCUUGCAUUUAGAUCGAAACGCGUAUUACGGAGCGGAAAGCGCGAGUUUAAAUCUGAAGCAACUUUUCGAGAAGUUUCGUCCCGAGGAGUUCUCAUCAGCGAAAGGAGGAGAGAAUUCAUCGAAGGAGAGUGAAAAAGUAUUCGAGGAGAAGUUGAAAGAGAAAUACGGUCGAUGGCAAGAUUGGAACAUCGAUAUGGUUCCGAAGAUGAUGAUGGGAAACGGUUUACUGGUGAAACUUUUAGUGCACACGGGAGUGCACAACUACGUCUCGUUCAAAGCGUCCGAAGGGUCGUACGUGUUUAAACAAGGGAAGUUGUUUAAAGUUCCAGCGACGGAUAAAGAUGCGUUGCGGUCGCCGUUGAUGGGAAUGUUUGAGAAGCUACGCGCGAGGAGUUUCUUCGUGUUCGUACAGGACUACGACGAAACGAGAGUGGAGACGCAUAAAGGAUACGAUUUGAGGACAAUGACGUCGAGACAGUUGUACAAAGAGUACGGGUUAGCGGAUGAAACGAUCGAGUUUAUUGGACACGCGCUGGCGCUGUAUACGGACGAGAGGUACAUGGAUUUUCCAGCCAUCCAUAUGGUCAAAGCGGUCAAAUUGUACGAAGAGUCUUUAGCGAGAUUCAACACCGGGAGUCCGUAUAUUUACCCGUUGUAUGGUUUAGGAGAACUGCCGCAAGGCUUCGCGCGAUUAUCCGCCGUAUAUGGUGGGACGUACAUGCUGAAUAAACCAGACGCGGAAGUGAAAUGGAACGAGGAAACUGGAGAGGCCAUCGGAGUGAGCGCGACUAUGGAGGAUGAAACCGUCGGCGCCGGAGAAGGAGAGGAAAAGAAGGGCCCGCAAGUUGUCACGGCAAAGGCAAAGCAUGCGAUCGUCGGGGAUCCGUCUUAUUUUCCUAAACAUAGCGUACAAGUCGGCUCCGUUGCCAGGGCGUUGUGCUUUCUCUCGCACCCGAUCGAUAACGUCGAAAACGCGCACUCGGUACAAAUCAUAAUCCCGGCUUCGCAAGUCGGUAGGAAGAACGACGUGUACGUUUUUGGGUGCUCGUACAUGCACAACGUGUGCGCGAAAGGACGUUACGUCGCAUUCGUGAGUACAAACGUAGAAACUGCAAACCCGGAACAAGAAUUAGCGUCUGGUUUAUCGUUGUUAGGUACGAUUGACGAAAAGUUUGUCCACAUCUGUCCCAUCAUGGCGCCGACGACGGACGGGAUAAAAGAAAAGGCGAUUAUUAGUCGAGGGUACGACGCGACCACGCACUUUGAAUCGACCGUUAGAGACGUGUUAGACAUGUAUAGAAGGGUGACUGGGAAGCAGUUAGAUUUGAGUCAAAUCGAUGCGAACGAAGCAGCCACAGAAUAA